UAAGUUAAGAAUGUUUAAGUUGGGAGAUAACAUUGAGGAAAUUAUUCCCAAAAUUCAAAAAUGAACAAUCAUAUGUACUUAAUAAUGAAGAACACACUUUCCAGAAUGAUCGAAGAAUGCAAGAACUUAAGAGAGCUCAAAAGAAUCCACACCCACAUUCUAAAGUCACCAACUUUAUCGAAUGCUGACCAGUAUCACCUCAUUACCCGUGCUCUUUUCUUUUGCUCCUUUUCAAAUUGGGGUUCUUUCAGCUACGCCAGCAAUGUUUUUCACAUGAUCAAGAACCCUGAUAUUCGUGUCUAUAACAUCAUGAUCAGAGCAUAUGCUGACAUGGAAGGAGGUAAUGGAUGCCAUUUUUGCAGGGCUUUGAUGCUGUAUAAGAAAAUGCUUUGCAGGAACAUUGACCCUAAUUCACUCACUUUCCCUUUCCUUGUGAAGGCUUGCACUAGGAGGCUGGAUGGUUCCACUGGCCAUGUUCUUCAUUCCCAAGUGAUCAAGUUUGGGUUUUUGAAUGAUGUUUUUGUUGGGAAUUCUUUGAUAGGAUUGUACAUGGCAUGUGGCCUGUUGAAAAAUGCCAGCAAGUUGUUUGAUGAAAUGCCUGUUACAGAUCUUGUCACUUGGAACUCAAUGGUUAUAGGGUGUUUGAGAAAUGGAGAACUUGAUAUGGCAUUGGAUUUGUUUAGGAAGAUGAAGAGGAAGAAUAUCAUAACAUGGAAUUCGAUUAUUACUGGGUUGGCUCAAGGUGGCAGGGCAAUGGAGUCACUGGAACUUUUCCAUGAGAUGCUGCUGUUUUCAAAUGAUGAUUCCGAUAAACCUGACAAGACUACAGUGGCUAGUGUCCUUUCAGCUUGUGCUCAACUUGGAGCUAUUGACCAUGGGAAAUGGGUGCAUGGUUACCUGAGAAGAAGUAUCAUAGAGUGUGAUGUGGUAAUUGGAACAGCUCUUAUCACUAUGUAUGGAAAGUGUGGGCACGUGCAGGAAGCUUUUGAGAUCUUCAAGGAAAUGCCUGAAAAGGAUGGGUCGGCAUGGACAGCUAUGAUUUCGGUAUUUUCUCUUCAUGGAUUAGGUUGGAAGGCUCUUGACUGCUUUUCAGAGAUGGAGAGAGCUGGAGUGAGGCCUAACCAUGUGACAUUUGUUGGAUUAUUGUCAGCUUGUGCUCAUUCUGGUUUGGUUGAUAAAGGUCGGCGAUGCUUCGAUAUAAUGAAACAUGUUUACUCGAUUGAACCACAAGUGUAUCACUAUGCUUGCAUGGUCGAUAUUCUUAGUCGAGCCAGGCUCUUCGAGGAGGCGGAGAUGCUCAUAAGAAGCAUGCCAAUGAAGCCGGAUGUUUAUGUCUGGGGUGCAUUACUUGGAGGAUGUCAAAUGCAUGGGAAUAUAGAAUUAGGAGAAAGAGUUGCUCUGCAUUUGAUAGAGUUGCAACCUGAAAAUCAUGCUUUCUAUAUGAACUUGUGUGACAUAUAUGGAAAAGCUGGCAGGUUUGAUGCUGCCAAAAGAAUUAGAAACUUAAUGAAAGAAAGAGGAAUUAAAAAGGAAAUCCCGGGGUGUAGCAUGAUUGAAAUCAACGGUGUGGUUCAUGAAUUUUCAGUUGGAAGAUCAUCUGAACUUCUAACGAAAGAAUUAGUAUUUGUCUUAAGUAAAUUAAGUAAUGAGAUGAAGACAUGAUAUCUGAAGAUGCACACUUUCAUUGGUUAUACGAAGAAAUCUGCAGAGUGUAAUUAUCAGUCACAGCAGAAUGUGUGAUUGUUUUAAUGAUUAUGGCCACCUUAAGUUUUGUUAUUUUGAAUAGCAUUGCUUCUGUGUUAUGAACUCUUUCUUGAUGAAAUCCUCAUCCAUUGGACUUGAAAAAAGGGGUUGUGUUUGCUUUCAUAUUCACUCACCAUGUAUUGGUAAUGGAAGUUG